AUGGGAAGCGGGAGCGCUGCAGGCAACGUGGUCACCCCGACCCUUCAUCCCCCCCCAACCCCCGCCCAGCUCGGCACGGGGCGGUCCUUCCCCCCGCGCCCCGCCCCUCUGGCUCCCGCGGGGUUCCGACCGGGAGCUUUUCGCGCCAAGCCAGGCCCUUGCAGCUCCACAAACUCCGCACCGCGAGUAAAAGAAAAAACCCGUGGCCCCCACACUAGCUCCUCCGGGGCACCCCAGGGAGAGCUGAUGGAGUUCUUAACAGGGGUGGGCGCCGGGGGCGGGAUGAGCAUGCGGGGAGCCACAUCACAAGGGGGGUGUCAGCUGCAUCUGCCAGGACGCGGGCGCCAACGCGGGAAGAGCGCCGUCGAGCCCCGCCUCCCGCAGUCCCAGUCGCUUUGGCGCGAACCUUCAGUUCCCGCUGGUCGCCCAGCAGCCGCCAGCAUGGGUCUGUCGCGCACGCAGCGUCAACGUUCAGGAAGGAAAAACUUCACAGCCUUCCGAAAUACAAAACUGAUCCCCAUGGAAACAUCCUCAUCCUCCGAUGACAGUUGUGACAGUUUUGGUUCUGAUAAUUUUGCAAACACAAAAUGCAAGUUUAGGUCAGAUAUUGGAGAAGAACUGGCCAAGAUUUUUCAUGAAGCAUCUGAUGAUGAAUCGUUCUGUGGCUUUUCAGAAAAUGAGAUUCAAGAUGCAUUGAAACUGGAAUCGGAUUCAGAGGAGAAUGAUAUAAAUGCUGAAAGUGACAUAGCUCAGAGAAGGCAGAAAUGCUCGGUUCCUUUAAAAGUAGCCAUGAAGUUUCCACCUCGAAGGUCAGAAAGAAGGAAGGGUGAGAUGGAGCCUCUUGCUGAAAAGCUGAUGCCUGCUCCAGAUUCAGACUCUGACUCUGAAGAAAAUGGUGCCAUGUUUUUAGAAAAAAGAGCUUUAAACAUAAAGGAAAACAAAGCGAUGCUUGCAAAACUGAUGGCCGAGUUGCAAAAUGUUUCUGGUAUCUUUGGUGGGAGAAAAUCGUUGCCAACUGUCAGUCAUGGGUCAAGGCGACUUCCAAGGCAUUCAGUGCCAAGAAGUGCUUUGAGGAGGAACCCAGACCGAAGUUGUCGGCCUCACACAAGAUCCAGAUCGCUGAUUGAAGGUCCUCCUACUCUUUUACAAGAGGAGGAAGAUGAUGACCCAUACGUCUUCGUGAGAAGAAGAAAGAUGUCUGAUGAAUACCUGGAGCAUGAAACCCGAACUCCCAGGAGGGGUCACCGUGGUGCCAUGGCUUUUCCACAUGUUGUGCGCCCAGUUGAGGAGAUAACAGAGGAAGAGCUGUAUAAUAUUUGUGGAUCUGCAAGAGAGAAAGUAUAUAAUAGAGCCACAGGAUCCACCUGUCAUCAGUGUCGCCAAAAAACCAUAGACACCAAGACGAAUUGUCGUAACCCUGAUUGCAUAGGAGUGCGGGGCCAGUUCUGUGGGCCAUGCCUCCGCAAUAGAUAUGGGGAAGACGUCAGAGCGGCGUUGCUGGAUCCGACAUGGAGGUGCCCACCAUGUCGUGGAAUCUGCAACUGUAGCUUCUGCAGACAGCGAAAUGGCCGAUGUGCUACAGGUGUCCUGGUCUAUCUGGCCAAGUACCAUGGCUAUGACAAUGUCCAUGCCUACUUGAAAAGUCUGAAACAAGAAUUUGGAAUGGAAGACUGAAGCCAUGAUUGCCUUCAAGUUACAUACUCUUUCACCAAUGUCCUAUUAUUGCCUACAAUUAAUUGUUUAAUCAAAUGCGAUUACAAAGCCAGUGCCUUGCUUCCCUUUCCUUUUGGGUAAAAAGGGAUAAAGGACUUUUACAUAUCUCAGUA